AUGUGGAGCUGCACUACUAGAAAGAUGGCGACUCACAUGAUGAACGUGGCCAUGGUCGGUUUGCUGUUCGCUGUGGCGCUAGCGAAUAGUGAAAACCACCAGCUGAGUGGAGUUGGCACGGUAAGUUUCACCAGGCUGGAGGCGACUGCGUUCCGGAAUGGGACAUUGUCUGAGCGGAACCGCACCACGACGGAGGAGACGUUACCGAAGGUGGUGCGACCGACAUACACCCGCACGGAACUGAAGGUUUCCCGCAGUCUCAACCCGGAUGGUGUGCAGAAGCUGAAUGUGCGCUCCAACAAUGGCCGCAUGGUGCAAAUUAUCGUCAAGAAGCGCAACGGAAUGGAGCUCCCCAUUGGAGGGCCUAUUCAGGUCGGUGCUAGUACGAAGGGUACUACAAGCUCGCCGCAACGGGUGGAAGGAAGUUCUGGGACAUCGCCAUCGAGAGUAGCCGGUAACUAUCGACUAUCGGCGGACUCGGCCCCGGAGUCGGUGGACAUCGUCAACGCGUUUCUGGAGCACGUGAACCGCAUUGAACGUCCAGCCCGUUCGUUUUACGACGAAGAUCACGGAGCCAUGAAGAACGACAGACGUCCGGUACGGAUUAAGGUGAGCGAUGAGUCCGUUCAGGAGAGUCGCGUUCCACCGCCAGUCGUCGUUAGCUCCGAUCCGGUGUACAUGAAGGACAACGCAGGUAUGAAGACAACGACGCCAGGAAAACGCGGUCGAUCAAUGCAGGAGAUCGGUCCGGAUGGUAUCCCUGUAGUACACGGCAUCCGCGUACCUGAUGACGAGUCCGACAAGCGGCAAGUAUGGCGAAAUGCACGUGUCAUCAACGGCGAGCUGGUACCGUACGAGAAGGGCCACGUCCCGACGCGGCUCGAGAACGGAGGUGACAUUUAUGGACAGCUGAUCUUCGCCAAGCCAUCGAGCGACUCAUCCUCUGGCUCGCCGAGUUCUCGUCAACGCAGUAUAGGUCCGUUUACGACGGCGGACAACUUCCAACCAUCGAGUGGUGAUGCGCCGGCACCGAAAGGGUUUGGGCCGUUCAGUGUGGAGGAUAACCUGCAAUCGCAAGCCGGGGGAAGGAUCGCGGUGAACCCGUACCCCCCGAAAGUAUCCGGCAACAUUGGACCAUUCUCGCGGGCCGACAACUCGCGUCCGAUGUCCAACGCUCGACUUGUGGAAUACUUGCGAAAGAUCAACGAGGAAGAGAGCCGCCGACACUAUCCGCAGAUUGUUAGCCGCGCGAAUUUUAAGGACGACCAAUUCCUAAAGGACGAGCAACCGAAGAUUCAAAGGCGUAUGCUCCAGAACCCGGGAAACCCAACGUAUCCCGUUUCGCAGCUGUACUCGCCAGCGGGUCAGGAAGCGAACAAGGAGCUCGAGGAUGCCCGGAAACCUGUACUACAGUACGCCCACCCGGAGCUAGGAGUACAGCCGGCCAAGUCCGUUCCACCGGAGCGCAAGCCGACCAAGGCGAUGAAGAAGAUCAUGAACGUACCGGACUACUAUAGCAAAGGCGCACACAACGAUCACUCACCGUACGCCAUCGAGCCGGCUAUGGGGAGCAAGGACUACUACGAUCCUCCUCAGCCUCAUCAGCCCCAACCACCGCAUCCCCCGCCAGGCAAGAUGGCACGUCCACCACAGUAUGAAAGCAACUUCAGGGGUCCCUCGGUGUAUCCGUACAACUACGGCUACAUUCGGCGCGUUAAGCACGAACGACCCUUCUGGGCCAAAAUCACCGACCAGAUGCGUGAAGGCCUCCAGAAUGGGAUUUCGUCCGUGCAGGAGUUCACCAAACCCGUCCUGGAGCCGAUCGUCGAGGCGGGCCAGAAGAUCUCCAAGAACCUGGGACUGGUCCGAAAGGCUGACGAAGCUCAGGACAAGGUUGGCGUGGUGGUGGCACCAGCUGCAAACUCUAUUAUUCUCCCGGCUCUAGGACUGAUGGCUGGCGGGGCGGCCCUCGGGCUCGGUGCGGUCGCCGUAGGUCGCUUCUUCGACAUGGGACUCUUGCGGCGUUCGGGGAGUGACUUUUUUCCCAUCGAUUUGGAUGAUCUGGAACACAACAGAGCGCUGGAAGCUAUCCAGAAUGGCCAGGAUCAGUAUGUGAUGGUCAUGGAGCCGCAUCAGUGUCCGGAUGUCGCUAGAUCACGCUCCCGUCGGUCCAUCGCCGGAAACCCGUUCGAAGAACACACCGGCCUCCAGAACGUGGAGCGUGAGUCCACCAGCUCCUCGCGGGCCCGCUUCGAGCAGCAGCUACGAGAGACGGACUGGAAGAAUCCGUCCUGUGCCAAGCGAACCUUCUGCCGGGUCAUGAUCCAGCAGGGCGCCGAUGACAUCGUGCUGAUGGAGAAGAAGAUGUACACCAUGCUGGAUAUGAUGCACCCGAACCUGGCCGCGACCCUCACCGACCAUCUGUCGGAGGUGACGGAUGCCAUUCGCCGGAACGAUUGCUCCCGGUUCAUCUGCCGCCAGAACCCACGGCCUUAG